UGCUCCCCGGCUUCUGUGAGCAGGAGCGGGACACUUGCUGCCUGAGGACGGAGGGAAAGUGGACGCCGCUCCGGACAAACAACACAAACACAGCUCGCUCUCACUCGAAACCACAACAUCGCGACGACCAUGGCUUCAAAGUGCCCCAAGUGUGACAAGACGGUGUAUUUCGCUGAAAAGGUGUCAUCACUGGGGAAGGACUGGCACAAGAUGUGUCUCAAGUGUGACCGCUGCAACAAGCUCCUGAACGCCGGAGGCCACGCUGAGCACGAUGGAAGGCCUUACUGCCACAAACCGUGCUAUGCUGCCCUCUUUGGGCCAAAAGGUGUGAACAUUGGUGGAGCCGGCUCUUAUGUGUACGAUACUCCAGCCAACAACAACCCGUCUCCCACUAGUGUGGACUCAGCCCCCAAAGCUGAGGAGAAACGAGUGUUCGCACCCAAGGCAGCAUCGAAAGCAGCUGGCAGCAUCACCACUUUUUCCGGAGAGGCCAACCUGUGUCCCCGCUGCAACAAGAAGGUGUAUUUUGCUGAGAAGGUGACAUCACUGGGUAAGGACUGGCAUCGACCCUGCCUCCGCUGUGAGAGGUGCAGCAAGACUCUGGCUCCUGGCAGCCACGCAGAGCAUGACGGCCAGCCCUACUGCCACAAACCUUGCUAUGCUGUCCUCUUCGGGCCCAAAGGCGUGAACACUGGUGGUGUGGGCAGCUACAUCUAUGACAAGGAGCCCAGUGCAGUGACCCAGCCUUGAACCUUUGUCCCCUCAGCCUUCAUCCCUCUUCUCUACGCAACACUGACCAUCAGCCACAGUAUUAUUUUUAGCCGUUUUUUCUCUUCCCCCACCUGUGCGUUCAUACCUGAGACAACCAGCCUUCUGCUCCAGAUUCCCUUCUCCUUUUUCUUCUGACCCACUCCCGGCAGCCCCAGGACCAGAUUUAGCACCAUGAGGAAUGAUUUCAGAUUGCUUAGACAUGUGUUAUAUGUAUUUGCUCCAGGAGAGCCUUCAGCACACCCCGCUUCCAGCAUCCCCCACACGAAGUUAUUUCGCACCAUUCAGAUAAUCUUUUGCCAUGUUUACACAUUUAUAUAUGUAUGUGAACACAUUAAAUUUCACGCAGAAAAAAUAAGAGCUUGAAAGUUAUCUGUUCAAAAAAUGGGGAUGGAAAGUGAUUCUCAGGUGUGUGGAAAGAUGCAUUGUGGGUAGAGGUGCAGCGCGUUGACUGUGACGUGUUGACAGCCAGUGAGGAAUUUCACCUCGGAGGCUGCUGCACGCACAGGUGGUGCUCAGGAGCGCAUUGCCAAUAAAUCUGUAUUUUACAAAACGCCAUAUUUACAGUUUGGCUGCCUGACAACAUUCCUUAUGUGAGAAAAGUGAGACUCUUUUUUUUUUUUAAAAAGUCCUAACAUAUUAUAAAAAGGUGGGAAUGUGGAUCUCUCAGGCGACUGUUACGUGAGCACAUCCAUGAGGCUGUAUUGAUUCAAAUUAUUUUACUUUCGAGCAUACGUUAACCCUGUUUUAUGUCGAAAUCUGAAUAAUAAUGUGCUAAUAAAUAACACAAAUGUCUUGUCCCAUUUGUUAUACAUAAUACUAUUUUUUAAAGUGGGGUUAAGUUUUAGGAAGUGGGUGGGGCGAGAAACAUGUAUUUAUUACUUUUAAUUCAAGGCCUUUUUAAAAAUAUUGUUAGACAUUGUACUACUAUCCCUUUAAGGGAAUGAUUAUGGAGGUAAAAACAAGUCAAUGUAAGCUGUAUAAAUCUCUACGAUCAGAAUUUUUAUUGUUAUUUUCAAAAGGAAUAACCCUGCUGUUUAUUUUUUCCGAGAGAUGACGCGCUAUUUGAAGUAUUAUAUUUUUUGCCAUUAGCAGAAACAGUAGCUUAGCUUGUAGAAACAGAGACGAGGCACUGCAGACAAGUCAUUCUGGAAAGAAGAAUGUGCAUCUUAGUAUUACUGUAUGACUGUUACCGUGUUUGUUUAUUACCUGUUGUACAUCGUAGGGCUUCAUAGACACUGUUUGUAGAGCUGAAACGCUGCACUUCAGCCCUGCUGCUGCAUUUGUCUUUUUAAUCCCCCUUGAAUAAAUAUUUCAGAAACUCUU